UCAACGUGGUGAUAAGGUUUGCGAAGCAAAAAUGUCUGCCUAAGGGAAACUCGUAAGUUACAUUCAGGGAAUAUUUUGCAAAUAUUGCUGCAAACGCAUUGAUUCCAAACUCUGUACCACAAGAAGAAGGGAAACAAGGCUUCCAUUCUCACACCCGAUCGCCCUAGUUGGACUUUUAAACGGGAAAAGGUGCAAAGGACCGCCAGGAUGAACCCUCAGCAGCGGAUUGCCGCUAUUGGAACGGAUAAGGAAUUGAGUGAUUUGCUGGAUUUUAGCGCGAUGUUUUCACCACCUGUCAACAGUGGGAAAAACCGACCAACUACUUUGGGGAGCAGCCAAUUCAGUGCGCCAGGUAUGGACGAGAGGGCCAGCCAGGUGACGUGGGCCGCAGGUGGCCAGCCCAGUCCCUCCUACGAGUCCCCCCGGGACUUCACAGACAGCCCUCAUUACGGUGAUCAGCUGAGUGACAGCCGAUUAGUGGCCCAUGAAGGAUUGUCCCCAACACCUUUCAUGAACUCCAGCAUCAUGGGUAAAACGGAGAGGCCCACGUUCUCGGCCUACGGCAGGGAGCCCGGAGUCUCGGGGUGCCAGUCCGGCCUGCGCUCGGACAUCGGGCUGGCGAGCCCCGCGCGCGUGACCACGGCGGGAAAGACGGCGGCCGCCCCCUUCUUCUCCUUCGCCGGCGCCAACCCCAGGAGACGGCCCGUCCAGGACCCUGCCCCGCUCGAUGCAUUGCAAACAAAGAAAGUGCGCAAGGUCCCUCCUGGAUUGCCUUCAUCUGUUUACGCGCCGUCUCCCAACUCGGAAGACUUCAGCAGAGACUCGCCCUCCUUCCCGUCGCCCAAGCCUCCGGGGAGCAUGUUCGCAAGCACUUUCUUCGAUGGGACCCACAAUUCCUCUGACCCCUGGAACUCUUCGAACGGGAUCAGUCAGCCCGGCUACGGGGGGAUGCUGGGAGGAUCGUCAUCUCACAUGCCACAGUCUGGAAACUACGGCAGCCUGCACUCGCACGAUCGCCUGAACUACCCGCCCCACUCCGUGUCCCCCACCGACAUCAGCGCCAGUCUUCCUCCCAUGUCCAGCUUCCACCGCGGCGGCAGCUCCGUCGCCCCGCCCUUCGUCAGCGCCUCGCACACCCCGCCCAUCAGCGCCGCCGAGAGCAUCCUGGCCGCAGGGAGCCGGGGGAACGCCGCGGGAGGCUCGCAAACCGGAGACGCGCUGGGCAAAGCCCUGGCCUCGAUUUAUUCACCUGACCACACCAGCAGUAGUUUUCCAUCCAAUCCCUCGACGCCGGUAGGAUCCCCGUCCUCCCUGACUGGCACAGCUGGCACGGCGGCGGGCACAGCAGGCACCAAUCAGUGGUCCAGAGCAGCUGGACAGACGCCUUCAUCUCCCAGCUAUGAGAACUCUCUGCACUCCCUGUCUCGGAUGGAGGACCGGCUCGACAGGCUGGACGAUGCCAUCCACGUCCUGCGGAAUCAUGCUGUGGGAUCCACUGCCAGUCUGCCCGGCGACAUGCACAGCCUUCUGGGACAAGCACACAACGGGCCAAUCGCGGCCAUCGGAUCAAACUUCCCUGCAGCAGGAUUGGUCGCCAAUCGGACAGCGUCUAUGGGCGCAGCUCAUCGGGAGGAGGCCACCAGCCUGAACAGCAAUCACACGGGGCUGCCCAGCUCUGGCCCCGCCCCCAGCUCAGACCUCAGUCACCAGGCAGACAGCUUCAGAGCUCUGGCGGUAGGGCUGGCCAGGCACGUGACCGGCCUGGAACUGAAGUUGGAGAACCAGGAGAAGGACGAGAUGCACGAGAACCACUCCUCAGACGACCUCAAGUCAGACGACGAGAGCGACAAGAGGGACAUCAAGACACCGCGAGGAGGGACCCGCACGAGCAGCAUCAACGAGGACGAGGACCUGAACCCCGAGCAGAAGGCGGAGCGUGAGCGCGAGAGGAGGAUGGCCAACAACGCCCGCGAGCGGCUGCGGGUGCGCGACAUCAACGAGGCCUUCAAGGAGCUGGGCCGCAUGUGCCAGCUGCACCUGAAGAGCGAGAAGCCGCAGACCAAGCUGCUCAUCCUGCACCAGGCCGUGGCCGUAAUACUGAGCCUAGAGCAACAGGUCAGAGAGCGGAACCUGAACCCCAAAGCUGCCUGCCUUAAGAGGAGGGAAGAGGAGAAGGUGUCCGCCGUGUCCGCCGACCCCCAGCAAGGGCACCCCGCCGUCCACCCCAGCCUCACCGACACAUCCAACCCCAUGGGCCACCUCUGAGGAGCAGCCAGAUCAAAUCAAUUCAGAUCAACUCUGUACGAGAGAAGAGCGGGUGACCUUGCUUCCGGAGGACAGACGGGACUCACAAUUAGUGAAGACAAACCCACUCGAAGCAAAUAAAUCCAGAAAAGGCAAUCUUGAAAUUGGAAGGGGGGAGAAAAACUGGCAAAGCUUCCAGCUCCCUGUGAAGAAACCCAAUGCAGAUCACAUCAUUUCUGCCCGCGAGUAAACUUCAGCGCGUAUCGCUCUGUUGGUGCAAAGACGCGUGUCGCACCUGAAACAAUCAGACUGUCACCCUCCCCUCCGCCCCUCCCCCCCCAGCGUGGAAGUUGACUUGUGCCUAAACUGAAUUGACGAAUGCAUUGUAACCACAAUUGUUUUUUCGUUUGUUUUUUUUUAUUUUUCUUUUUUUAUUUUAUUUAUUGUGUUACUGAACUAUAAUGUAACUCUACAUCUAAAGGGAAAGUGCUGACAUUGUUUGGCGAUGCUGAGUUUUUGGUUGACCUACAGUUUGCCCUGGGCCCUGAAUUUCACCAAUGAAACCCCCCCCCCCCCUUCCCUAGCCAGUGCUGAUCUGGGCUGAGCUCAUUUGUGAAAAUAGUUUAAUAUAUUCACCAGUUUAGGCUGAGACUCAUAUACAUCUUUACUGGUGGCAGUUUGUGCUUAAAGAUCCAAGUGUCCCCUUAAAAGAUAAUAUAUUAUAUAUAAUAUUUAUAUUUUAUCCAUUCCACAAUAAGAGCGUGUUUAACCAAAAGUACCCUCUGAUGAAAGUGUGUAGAUUUGCACAAACUCUGCUUUUUUGGAGUCUGACCAAUAAUCCACAGAAUUGGAGGAAGGGAAAAGGAGGAAAAGGCAAACUGUAGUUUACCUAAAAGUCACAUUUGCGAUUUAUCGCUUUUUUUUCAAGCCGUUCAAAUAUAGAGAGAAAAUCGGAGACAAACGUUUGGAAAUAGCAUUCCUUGCAUACAUAUUAGUGUCUUAACUGAAGGAGAAAGGCUUCAUCUUCCUUUUAUUCCUUUGCCAUAUAGUGUUAACUGUAAAAAAAGAGGCGUAUUCGUUGAUAUCAGUUUUUUUUUAUUAUGUUACUUUUUGGACUCUGGUUACUUGGACAGUCAAGGCCAUGGUCUCUGUCAUUUUCCUAGGGCUGUGCUAUCAAUGAUUUGAGCUUUGAGAGCAAGUAGAAUCGGAAACAAUGGCCAUGUAACAUCUGGCCUGAAUGAAAGUGUUGCUUUAUUUCCUUUUUUGUCUAAAACAAAAUACAUAUAAAAUGCAUUAUACAAAGUAACCAAGUUAUUUUAUUUGUAAUUAUAUACAAAUCAUUUUCUAGGCUUCAUAAUAAAGCUUAUAAUGUCGAGUGAAUUAGCAGAAGUUCUAAGUUAUUUAGAAUGGCUUUUUUUCUUCCAAGCAGCAAAGUACUUUAUACAGUUACUUUUAGUCAGUAAAGGGUAACCUGUAUGUCAGGAGAAGCGCUUUCCUAACACACAUCAUGUACGAACCAGUCAACUCGUGGUUCUCUUGAGCAGGUAGUGAAACGAUAAGCAGAAGCAGUUUUGAGCAAGUUUUUUUUUCUUCUUCUCUGAGGAUAAAGCAGUUUUUCAUUUUAUUUUGUUUGCGCAUGUAUGCCCUAUUUCUUGUAAUUCUUUUGGUCUUAACACUAUAUCGUAAUAUUCCAUUAAUUUUUGUGUCUGUUGUCUUCCAUUGUUACUAACCAUAAAAACAAGGCCACUACAUUCAUAAAUAUUACUAGUUUACCAAAAACUACCAGAAUCAAAGGUUGCCAUAUCAAAUUAUAUAUAAUCUCAAACAAGGUACAAUAGUUGGACUAGUUUUUCCCAGUGCAAAUCUUCUUGGUUGUAUUUUGUGGAUUUUCUCUCCUUCCCACCCCACUGGGGCACAUUUAUCAUCAGUUUUCGCCUGAAUAUAUAUGUGGCCUUGUUCUUCAUUUCAGUAUUUAUGGGCUUUAAAAAUGUUGCUGGAGGAAUGUGAUUGAGGUUACGUGUCACUGCCUGCCAUAUCGUUGUUGUUUCCUCUCCUUUUUCAUUUUUCCCCUCUUCUUUUUCUCUUUUUUUUGUCCUCAGUCGAUUUCUUUACUCCUCUGUUGGCUAUGUUAGACUUUGCCGUACACCCAGAAGCUUUCCUUCCUAAAAUGAAAAAUAUAAAAUGGAAAAAAAAUUGGCUUAUUUUUCACUGUAGUUAGUCUUUUAUACAAUAAUCUUGUAAGAAAAUCUCUUAAAUUCUAAAUAUUACUCUUUCUAGAUUUUUGAAAUCGAAAGUUUUCAGUAAAAAGUUUCUUACUUUAUUUUACUAUAUUAGGUAGUAAAAAGUGUAAGGUUAUUUACUGUAACCUGACCAUUAUCAGAAAUUUGCAAAUGGCAUCCUAAGAACAUAGUAGGAUCAUAGCUGGCAGUCUAGUGAGUAUGGGAUAUUGUACGAGCUCAAUGUACCAGAGGGUGUGCUUCUCAUUUUGUCUCCAGUCUCCAUUGUGGGUCGAUGACAGACUUGUACCUGUGUCAAAAUUCAAGGUAUUGUUGAUGCACAUCAAAAACCAGCAGCAAGAAGUUGAUUUUUUCUGUCUCUGUAACAGAAAACACAACAUGUAUAUAACAUUUAUGUAGCAAUAAAUGUGCCAUCUUUUUUUCUAACAA